GACCCGUGCGGAUGAACAAGUUGAUGAUCCGAAUCUUUCCGGAUAGGUAUUCUGCUCCAAGUAUUCUGUAUAAAUAUACCUGCUCGUUCUAGAGAUCAGACACCCAGGAGUAAAUAAUCGCCAUUACUUUACGAAAUUAGGAUCCUUAUCCUCCGAACUUUGCAUCACCCAAGUUUCUCAAUAUGCCAAUCACAGAACUCGCCAUCCCUCCUCUUAAGCAAGACCAAGCUAGUCGUGAACUUUUCACAGACAGUCUUUGGCCUACCCUCGCAACUCUCGUCAAGGGAAAGAAAGGAUUGAAAUUUAAUACUAUCGGAUUAAUGGUGAUAUCCAAUGAUUUGGAUGUCUCUUCUGUCUUCCAACCGGUACUGGGUCUUGAAUGGGAAGCGGUAUCGGAUUUCCAAGCUGUCGUCAGUGGCGAGGAAUUCGCAGCCUUCAGAGCUCGCCUGAUUCCCAUAGUGAGCGCCAUCGUAUUUCCUCAACUAUACGAAACGAACGUCGGGCCUGCGACUGUUUUCGGAUCUCCUCUUACUGAGGUCUUCAAGGUUAAGAUUGGGGAUAACAAAGAGAAGGAAGACGUAGUCAAAGAGGCUUGGCAAAAGUUCCUUAAUGGAAUCGGGGAAGUGGAAAGUUUGAAUGGUGUCAGUCAGAAUGUGGAAGAAAGAACUUUCAUGGGGGCAAUCGGCUGGGAGAGUGAGCAGGAAAGAGAGGCUACCUUGAAGAAAGGUGGUAUAGAGGAACUGAAGACAAGUUUUGGAAGUUUGGAAACAUUUGUGGUCAAGUUUGGUGGGUUGUGAGGACCGUGAUGCUAUACUGUAAAAUUGGGUAGAGAAAAAUCACCACUUGAUCACUUUUUGGCAGACCACUUGCUCUUCGCCCCUUCCCUGAACGACUCCUACGUUUGCAGACCUCUUUACCUCGUCCACAUCAACAUUCAGAGUCCUCGCCCGCUUCUUCUCGGGUAUCAUUUCUCUGAACCU